UCCGUCGAUUACACUUUGCCGCUCAAAUGAGCGAUGUUCCAUUGUGCUAAGUAAUUUCAAAAAUAAUAACAAUGAAACUUUCUGUGAUUGUUAAUGUACUCUUUUUGUUGAAACUGGUGGAUAGUGCAUCGAACGAUGUCGUUGAAACCGGGAAAGUUACAAAUGGGGAAACGGAGGUUCAGCCUCCUCGCCGAGCACAAAUUGCCAAUAGAAGGGAUGUAUUCCUUGAAUCUAGAAGGAAGCGAUGCGAAUCGUGCAGGGAAUCAAAGCGUUGCAAAAUUAGCGGGAAAUGCGAAUUUUGCAACAUCAUUUGUAGAGAUUUGGACAUUGUGUCAACUACAACACCAAUACCCGUGACAACCGAAAUUGUUACAGUCCCAGAAGCAACUACAAAUUUGGAAGUCAACUCGCAAGGAACGUUACUUAAUAAACUACUGCAUACUUCAUAUCAAAAGGAUGAAGAGAUAAUUGUGCCUGAAAAGCACAGUCACUCUGUCCUGGAAAGAGAAAUUGAGAAAGAACUGCAAUUGGCAAGCGAAAAAAAGAAAAUCCUACUAAAUGAUGAAAAAUUAACAAGAGAAGAAAUUCACAAGAUUAUCAAUGACGUCAAGGCUUGGCACAAAGAAGUGUCCAAUACUCACCUACACUCCCGUAGCAUACCAGAUGAUUCUUUGAACACUAAGGUAGACACAAAAAGUGGCAGUGUAGAAGAUAAAGCCAUCUCGAAAACGUCAAGCGAAGAUGCCAGCUCUCGACAGUUCCAAUUCUUUUUGCAAGGCUUGGAGGAGAAAGUAGAAAACAUCGCGGAAUUAAUUAGGAAAACCUGCGGUCAACCUGUUUCAAUAGAAAAGGUCGUCGACGAACAUCCUAUUACUAUCGCGAAGAAACCGGAGCUCCCGAUAAUAGAUAAAGUGAAGAAUUCCGACGAUGAAACUCAAAAAGCUCUUCAGACAUCGGAUAACAAGGCUAUAAAUGUGGAAGACUUGGACCAAACCGUUGGCGCUACUAGUGACAACAUAGACGAAGUGGUCGGUAGUACAUUGAGUGAGGACCUUGAAGCAGGCGUUUCCGAUAACGUUGUGCCCGAGUCCAGAUUUACAGGAGAGGGAAUCUUUGCUGAAAAUGUUAAUGCGGAAAUAGGCAAAUCCGGUGCAGCACUGCAUAAAUCGGUAGAAAUUCAUGCACCAAACAUUAAUCCACUAGCCCAACUUGAAAAGAAGGUUACAGAAGUAAAAGACGCACUUAUUCAUGAUGGAUUGUUGUUUGAAGACAAAGUUAAAGAAGUUGGUGGUCCAAAGGACAUUAGGAUUGGAGCUGGGGUUAGUGUAGACAAAGAAUACGAUGGCGGAAUAGGUACAGGUGAUCACUCGCUUGUCGCAAACGAGAAGGUCCACCUAAAUGCCGGAAAAACGUAUGAACAACCUAGAGGAUAUCUUACAAAAGACAAAGAGAUAUCAUUAAUUAUUGAUGGCCUUCGAAAUGAAGAGAAGAUCAACCAAGGUGGAGCAAUUAACAAAGACCUAGUUGUAAAUGAAGGGAUACAACCUUUACACGAAAGUAAAGUAUUUGGAAACCUCCAUGAGCAAAUUUCUGACACUAAAUUGAAAUCUGAGGUACAGCCAUUUGGCACUAAAGUUAUAGAGAUUGAUGCGCAUAAAGACAUUUCUGUGGAUAAGCCAAAAAUAUUAGCAACAGGAGAAGACGUCACCGUAGCACAGUUAAAUUCUGGUAAUGUAGCACCCAGCGGAACUAAAUCUAAGGCUAUCUUUAUCAAUAAAGGCUUUGCCCUUGGCGAAGGUGGAAUUGCACUGCAGGACCAUUACACAGACGAACUUGAUUCCGAUGGGAAUGUUCAAGUCGCCGACACUAAAUCUCUUUCCAUUUCAAAAUCGCCAACAAUUGACGCACUUGAAGAUAUCGGGCGCUCUAUCGACUCUAAAAUUAAAAAUGCCUACGUUGAAACAUCAAAAGUUCCAUUAUCCCUUGCCGAAGAUCUAGAAACCAAAGUUGGGAAGAAAAUUAUGGAUCUGCCUUCUAGUGUAAAGGUACAAGACACAUUAACCGAAAAUCUACCAAUUAUGGGAAACGGUGAAAUUCAAGUUUCCAAGGCUGACGAAGUUUAUCUGGGCAAAUCAGGACCAAAAAUAGUUUCCGUUGAAAGUUUGGAUAGAAAUCAAGAUGGUAGUAACGUGGACGGAAGAGUUAGAGACCAGCUAAGCUUUAAUGAAAGGUUUCAAUCCAAUCCGUACUCAGACGAGAAAGCAUACUCACCUGUAAGUAAGGUUAAGGAGAUUUACAUCGAAAAAUCAAGGACCCAGCCAGUUUCGAUGGAGAGAUUACGACCCCAUUCUGUUCAACGGGCUCAGCAAGCUCCCGAGGAUAAAUUUAUAGAUGUUGAAAAACAGAAAUCUGCUGAAGGAGUUGCACCUAAUCUCAAACAUGAGAUGUUUAGAGAAAUUCUGGAAGAAUCAAAACUACCCCUUGCUAUCGCAGAAGACUUGAAGAAUAAACUUAAGGAGGAUGUUAACUAUGCAGGCGCAAAAUUCAAAGAUGUUGUAACUGAUGCAUUAAACUCGAAAGAGAGAUUCUUUCACUUGGACAAACCAAAAGAAUCCGAAGGUGUUACUAUCGAAAAAGGGAAAAGUUUCCACAAGUUACCACCUAUUUUGGAAGAAGAUGGAGAAAUAGAUAUUAGAAAAUCACCCCCGAUUGCCAGCGAUCAAUUAAAAUCUUCUGAUGCCAAGUUGACGAAUAUUGCCAUCGAAAAAUUGAAAUCUGAUGAAGAACUCGCCAUUGAAAUGGCAAAAUGGCCAAUAAUUGAAGCAGAAAAACUGAAGCACAAGGUGAUUCAAAAAGUUGAUGAUGUGGAUGCCAAAGCUAAGGAUAUUUUAUUUGACAAGUUAAAUGAAAAACCCAAGUUUGAGGAGGUUUCCGUUCCUAAGUCAAAACCGAUAUUAAUUUCGAGUGACACACCUGGCGUUAAUCAAGAUGUCCACGUAGAAAAACCAUAUCAACCCAAAUUUGAGGAUAUUGCCAUCGAAAAACUGAAAUCUGAUGAAGAACUCGCCAUUCAGAUGGCAAAAUGGCCAUUAAUUGAAGCCGAAGAGCUGAAGAACAAAGUGCUUCACAAAGUUAGUGACGCGGAUGCCAAAGCUAAGGACAUUCUAUUUGACAAGUUAAAUGAAAAACCCAAUUUAGAGGAAGUUUCCAUUCAUAAGUCAAAACCGAUAUUCGUUUCGAGCGAGACACCUAGCGUUAAUCAAAGGGUCCAUGUAGGAAAACCAUAUGAAACCAAAUUUAAGGAUGCUGCCAUCGAAAAACUGAAAUCUGAUGAAGAACUCGCAAUUGAAAUGGCAAAAUUGCCAUUCAUUGAAGCCGAGAAGCUAAAGAACAAAGUGAUUCAUAAAGUUAGUGACGUGGAUGCCAAAUCUAAGGAUAUUUUAAUUGACAAGUUAAAUGAAAACCCCGAAUUAGAAGAGGUUUACAUUCAUAAGUCAAAACCGACAUUUUCAGAUAUUGCCAUCGAAAAACUAAAAUCUGAUAGAGAACUCGCGGAAAUUGCCCUUCAAAAGGCGAAAUUGCCGCUGAUUGAAGCAGAAAGGUUAAAGAAUAAACUUUUUCAAAAAGUUAGUGACGUUGAAGCCGAAGCCAAGGAUAUUUUAUUUGACAAGUUUAAUGGAAACCCCAAAUUUGAGGAUGUUUACAUUCGUAAAUCCAAGCCAACAUUCAUUUCAAACCAAAGAGUGGCGCCGACAUUCAAUGACGAAGAUGUUUCCAUCGACAACGAUCAAGCAGCGGUCUACCAACCGUCCACCAUCGAAGUAAAUAGAAAAUUUGGACCAAAAUCAUAUCAUGAACGUGUUAAUGUAGAACAACCAUCUGGCACUAACACUGAAGAAGUGUACAGAAAGUUUGGGCCCAAAUUGUAUCACGCACUUGUUAAUGUAGAAACAGGGGAAGAUAGUCCAGGUGUUGUCGAAGUAAAGGGAGAAAUAGAGCCGCUUUCGGAGGCGGAAAUUAAAAGACUCGAAAAACAAGGUGAGAUUGUCGGCGAUCCUUCUUUGGAACAGCGCUUUGCAGUAGAAGAAUCUGGUGGUCCGGUUGACGCGUCAAAAACUGUUGGAGAUGCCAGUUCUUCAGAUUUGGUAAAUCAAGGUUCUUCUAAACCAUAUGGAGUGGUUGCAAAGUUGAUACCAGAAGAGAACAAUAGUGACAAAGUUAUUUUUGUUGGUGACGGAAUGAAAUUGCCGUUCAAUUUGAAAAAGAAUUCUGAUGGUUCCUAUCAUCUUUCGAUGGAUCUUGAGAAAUUAUGCCAACCUUGCAAUGACCAGAAGGCGAUUUCGGAUGUAACAUCACAUACAAUCAGUAAACGAGAUGUAAACCCAACCGAUACGCUGUUUUACUCCGGUAACUGGCACAAGAAACGGAAACCGCUACCGGCAGGCGAUAAAAAGUUUGCGGAUUCCAAGCUUUCCAAUUACGCUAGAACAAAUUCUGGACAGAAAAAAGGGGGCAGCCAGAAAGAAGAACUGGUGGAAGCUGGGAGUGAAAAGAGCCAAAUGGUUUUUGCUUUAGAAAAAAUGAAGUUGGUAAACAAUGUGAUCGGUUGGUUAAGGGGAUUUAUUGAUCCUAGACUUAUUUAAAGUUGUAUUAUUAUCCAUUUUUUUUUCAUUUUUAUACUUUGUUUUAUAUUGAAACGUAUACA